AUGAAGGUCCCUUCUUCUGUCUGCUUCUUCCUAGCUGGCUUGGCCAGUACUGCCCUGGCCACUACAACUCCAACCCAUCCAGCAGGAAAUAACCCAAAAACCUGCAUCAUCCCCGCCAAAGGCACCGGCGAAGACGACUCGCCCGCCAUCCGCGACGCGUUCGCCGCAUGCAGCACAAACGGGCACAUCAUCUUUCAGCCUAACCAGACCUAUCAUCUGAACACUGUGCUGCAGCUACACAAUCUGAGCCAUGUCCAGGUUGAUUUGUUGGGGACGUUGUUGUACUCCACAGACGUCCGGUACUGGAUCCAGCAUGGCUCCUACUAUCAUUUCCAGAACAUUUCCAUUGCCAUGGAACUGUCGGGCGAGUAUAUCACAGUCGACGGACAUGGUACUGGUGUGAUCGAUGGCCAGGGGCAGGUUUGGUAUGAUUUGGCCCUCGGCGUAGGAGGCCUCUUUGGGCGUCCAAUCCCCUUCUCGCUGCGCAACGCGAAGCACUCCGUCGCGCAGAACUUUCACAUCCGGCAGUCGGGGAAGUGGAACUUCGUCAUCAUCGAGUCGCAGAACAUCACCGUCGACAACAUCCGGCUCACGGCGCAUUCGGAUGAUUUUCAGGCAAAUCCCGGCAAUCUGGGCAAUACGGAUGGUUUCGAUACGCUGUAUAGCGAUGAUGUCCACAUUUCGAACAGCUACGUCGACGCCGGAGAUGACUGCGUUAGUUUCAAGCCUGGAUCCACCAACAUCCAUGUCAAGAACCUCACCUGCGUAGAGACAGCCGGCAUCGCCGUCGGCAGUCUGGGCCAGUACGAAGGGGUGUUUGACCUGGUCGAGAAUAUCACUGCGGAAGAUGUGACGCUCAUCAACAGCCGCAACGGGGCAUACAUCAAGACCUACAACGGGAAGCGAGUCUACUACCCCCCUCAAGGCGGCGGCAACGGAACCGGCUCGGUGCGCAACGUCUUAUUCAAAAACUUCCACAUCCAAAACAUCACCGCCGCGCCCGUCCUCCUCCAGCAAUGCACCCAUUGGGCUGGGUGGGGCGUCCCUCCUUGCGCCGAGUACCCUGCCACAGGGUUCACGUUCAGCAACAUCACAUGGCAGAACUUCACGGGCUAUGCAAACGAGAAGAUCAACACGACAACCAUCUCACUCGUCUGCUCUGAGAAGUCGUCUUGCGAGGAUUUUACCCUCACGGAUAUCAAUGUCCGGCCGUGGAAUAAUGCGACUGCGACUGGGGUGUGUACGAAUGUCAAGGGGUUGAGUAGCGAUUGUCAGGUUGUUUCUGGCUAG